AUGCCCCGAUCUUUGCCAACGGAGUUGCACCACAUGUCCCACAUGAUCCCAUACUGGGGUUCUUCCUUGGAGGACUUCACCAAUGGUCCUGGGCGACUUGCACCAGUCGCACAUAGCUCAGCGCUGGAGUCAGCGACACUACCACUCCCACAGGACAGUGCCUACAACGCGGGGCCCUCUACAAGCGGUGUGGCGGCGAUUCCCCGCUCAGAAUUGCCUCCAAAUGACCAAGACGCCCUCCCCGGAACAUUCGCCACAAACGCCACAAUGGACUCCGCUUCCUACAUCCCUGGGUAUCCCGUCUUCUCUAACGCAUGGUACUCUGAACCUUACACCCAUCGCGCUGCUGGAGGCCCACACGAUUUUCAACGAGUUUCUGGUGCCUCUCAUGUGGACCCGUCGGCAGCGCCACCGUUCCACCUCAGCAACACUUCUCAUGCUGUUUCGGGCCCUUCGAACCUCUAUUGGAGCACCGCGACGACAGACUUCGAUCCCUGGGUGGAACCUAGAAACCUGGACGUGUCAGUCGAUCCGAGGGUUUCGCUGGACUUCCGGGCCUCUGCAUAUCCGAAUGCCCAGCCUCUCCCGCAGACCUGGCCUGACUACGCACAGCGCUUCGCAUCUGCGCCUACGAGCGACCCUCCAACAUGGCUGCGAACCAUAGACACGCCAGAGACGCAGCCGCGCUUCAGAACCGACAGUAUGCCUGAGCAUCUCGAAUCGCCACCGCGGCAUAGGGGCAACCCCGCUUCCUCGUCCGCCACCGCCUCAGGCUCCUCGCUCGCUGGCGCACUCGGCUCCGAGGCCCUCCCCGACAGUCAUGGUGCACCCCAUAUGAGCUCUUCGUCCACCUUCACCUUCACUGCAGAGCCGGUUGCCGCGCACCUAGAGUGUACCCCGACUCGCCGCACGUCAUCUGGUCCGCUGCGUAUCAGUGCCCGCACUGGACGUCGUGCACCGUCGCCGACCUCCCCUCCACACAAAAAAACAUAA